AUGAGGAAGCUAGGUGAGAAGGAGGACUUUCUUUGUCAUGACAGAUGCUUGGAACUUAAAUUGAAUCACUUGGCAUUUGCAAAUGAUGUAUUGUUGUUUUGUCAUGGAGAUACGAAGAGUGUUUCUUAUAUGUUGCAGGCUCUAAAACUAUUCUCACUCAAACUUGGGCUGCAUCCUAAUGCAAGUAAGACUGUAAUUUAUUGCAGCAACAUGCAUGAAGAUAGUGUGAAACAGUUAAUGCAAGUAUCUGGUUUCUUGAGGCAGACCCUACCUUUCACUUACCUUCCCUAUUUGUGCAAAGAAAAUGGAUUAAGAGUUGGAGCUCAAGAAACUUUUUUGACAGGUAGAAUUACCUUACUCAACUCAGUUCUAAUAGCUAUUCAGGCAUAUUGGAGUCAGAUGCUGAUUAUGCCAAAGAAGGUGAUCAAAUCUAUAGAAGCUAUCUGUAGAGCCUUUUUGUGGAAAGGCCAAGCUUUGUUCCAUGGAGCUGGAGCUGUUGCUUGGGAGAACAUAUGCCAGCCUAAAAAUGCAGGUGGAUUAGGAAUAAAGAAGCUUGAAGAGUGGAAUAAGGUUGCUAUUUAUUUUCAGAGGGGAAAAUACACCAUAGCAGCAGGGUAUAAGUUGCUCUCACCUGCUGCAACUGGGCUGAACUGGUGUAAAGAAGUUUGGGCCAGAUUGAAUACCCCAAAGCAUAGUGUGACACUACGGCUGGCAAUGCUAAAUCGGCUAAAAACGAAGGAUAGAUUGGUGAAAUUUGGGAUGCAAGUGAAUGAGAGAUGUUGUUUAUGUGAUGCUCAAGCUUUAACCAGUCAACAUUUAUUCUUUGAAUGUAAUGUUGCUCUUCGCGGGUUGUUGGAGAUCAAGGCUUGGCUGAACUGGAAUGCAGCAACAAUCAGCCUCCCACAACUGCUGAGAUGGAUUGCCAAGGCUAAAAUCUCUAAGUUUCAAAAAUUGGUUUAUGAUGCUGCAAUAGCAGCCCUGGUUUACAGCAUUUGGAGGCUGAGAAAUGCUAUUAUUUGGCAGGAUUUUUCCUUAAAUUCCAGCAGCCUUAUUGAGGAAACUAAGUGGAGUGUAAAGAUGCGAAUUGCUAUGUUUUUGCCUAAAAAGAUUAAAGAUGUAGAUAAAGAUUGGCUCAAUGUUUUAUAG